UGUGUAAGAGGGCGGAAGGUCAAUGUGAACAUCUGAGUUAUAACACGUAGCCCUGAUACGCUCUGACUUUUGACCAUCAUGCGAGCUCCAAACAUUGUGGUUAGUUUUAGCUGAACUGGGUGCGAGUUUGCUUGUAACUGGUUAAUUAACUCUUCACUGUCACUUUGCGUGUCCACUAGAGCGUACACUAACUCCUCUUUGGACGGACUCAGGGCAGUGGAGACCCACACGGGGACAAUCACGGAGGUACCACCUGAUUGGCCUACUUCUGUGACAUUCAGAACUGCGGCUGCCGUAGUGUCAUUUUCGGUUGUUGGAUUAACGUUUGCGGGGCUCUGAGGUCUUUGGUUUGUCUUAUGAUUCCCGUUGUGCAAACAAGCGGGGUCCCGUCCUUUGCAGGUGUCACGUGUGAGGCCAUGACGACAGUCUUUGGCAUUAUGACCGACCUUGAAGCACCCAUAGCGUAGUCUAUUGUCCUUUACAAAUGUCCGUUUUUCGUCGAGAGAUCUUUGAGAAGCUCGGACACUUUUAGCAACGUAUGCCUUUCAUCUUUGGAAAACAUGCAGGGUAGCUUUGACUUUGUGUUAUCUGACUUUGCUUUAUUUGCAAGAACAGUAGCUUGCGUGGGAAAGACGUGGGUUGCAGAUCUGUUCGGUUGUUUCAUCUCUUUGAAAAGAAGUCGCAAAGUGCUACAAACGCUUUGAAAGAGGGGAACUCCCUGCCUACCACGAGAGCAACCGUAACGUUGCGAGUCAUUAAUGCUGGAAGCUUUUGCAAUAACUUCUGGUUCUCCUCACAGUCACUUAGUAUCUCCAACCCCUUAACAACUUUUUUAACAGGUGCAGCUUAUCAGCAGGAGAUAUACUUUUGCAGUCCACCAGUGAAAUGGAAGGAAAGCUUGCAUUCCGUGUGGGCGAUUGGAUCUCCGCUGAACACGACGGGCACGACGGGAAAACCGACUGGGCUGCAGCGGGAGGCGCCGUCGACACAACCCACAGAUUUAAGAGCUUAGCGCACCUUAAAGCUUUGCGGGAAUGUCGAUCGAUGGAAAGCGCAGUCGACGACGGGCGUCGGAGACCGCCACAGACAGCACCUCCACACACACCUGAAAGCAUGGCGCCCAAGGCGGGAGCGCAGAUCCGGCGGGCGGCCAUCCUGGCGGCCAUCUUCAUCCUGAUGACGCUGUUCAUCUUGUACAGCUCCAGCGCUAGCGCCGGCGAGACGGCCUACACGCCCUUCCGCAUGGCCGGAAACCACACGCCCAAGCCCACAAACCUCAAGACGUGGGCCACGCAAUACGACUACGUGCCCGUCUACGGCCACGAGAGAUUGACCUUGCGCUGCCAGCACUGCGCCCUGGUCAGCAGCUCCAGCCACGUGCUGGGCAGCAAAGCGGGCGAGGAGAUCGACGGCAGCGAGUGCGUGAUCCGCAUGAACGACGCGCCCACGGCGGGCUACGAGGCCGACGUGGGCCGGCGCACCACGCUGCGGGUGGUGGCCCACUCCAGCGUGUACCGGGUGGUCCGGCGCCCCGGCGAGUUCAUGGUGGUGGACCCCGACGGCGAACGCACCGUCAUCUUCUGGGGACCUCCGAACAAGAUGACCAAGGACUCGAAAGCGACCGUGUACAGAUCCAUCCAGAGGAUCAGCGCCACCUACAAGCAGGUGUCGUGCUUUACCGUGGCUCCUGCCAAAAUGUACAGAUUCGACAAUCUCUUCCAGCUGGAGACGGGACGAGACAGGCAAAAAUCAAACUCGUGGCUGAGCACGGGCUGGUUCACCAUGGUCAUCGCCAUCGAAGUUUGCGACCACAUCAAAGUUUACGGGAUGGUUCCACCUAGUUACUGUGGGAACAGGUCGGAAUCCAAGAAGUUGCCGUAUCACUACUACAAGCCGCGGGGCACCGACGAGUGCGUGACAUACAUGCAGAACCAGAACAACCAGAAAGGGAGCCACCACCGUUUCAUCACCGAGAAGCAAGUGUUCGGGCGCUGGGCGCAUCAGUACAACAUCACCUUUGCGCAUCCCGCCUGGUGAGACAAUUUACGGACGCUUGGAUGCGGGACGCCAUUCGCUUUCGGGGAUCACAAGAAGGAAGUGUGGUCGGAAGAAAACAAACAAACAAAACAAACAAACAGCGCCCUUCCAGGAUCACGUACGCUGUCACCAUUUGAAGGAACCUUUUUUUUUUUUAAUGUGCAAUAUUUGUAUUCAUAUGUAUUGAUGAUUAGGGUUGCAAAAUUGAGAGUUUUUCAAAUCUGAAAUUUUCCGCACCAGAAAUGUACAAGUUUGGCUCUUCAAUAUACUGCACAAUGUAAAAUGGAGCAAUUGGCAACAGCAGCUAUUUGACAUAGAUAUCUGUUUAUGAAAAAAAGGUUUAGAUUUUCAUAUCUAUAUCGUUUCUUCAAAUUACCCUCAAUUCGCAUGGAAAGCCUCCAAUUUGUAAUAUUUCCCAAAUUCCCCAGCUUAACUUUCCACGGAAAUGUUCCGCCUAUUUGCAACUCUACUGAUGAUGCACUUGCAGGUACAUCUCAGCACAUUAAAAUAUGGGAGACAAGUUCAUUUAUUUCAGUACUCCGACAUUAUUCAUUAAAGGAAAAUACUUUUUCCCAGGGCAAAUUCACGCAUUAUUGCUACAUAAAUCAUUUCUAUUGUUUCUUGAUUGUUAUGUAAUAUUCUAGUUUCUACAGAUGGUGAAUUUAAUUUGUUUGCUGUACGUUAUAAUCAUCACAGUUAUACAUAUUUAAAAAAAAAAUCAUGAAAUAUUUCACUUGAGUGUGUGUAGUGCAUCACUACAAUGAUUUGAACUAUUGGAAUUGAAACUACUUAACUAAAUGAAGUUCUUGACACUGUUGUAAUUUAUUGAGCUGUACCUGUAUGCUUCCCAACAUCAAGCAGGAUCACAGGAAGGAGAACAAUUAUUUAUUUGCAGAAAAAGUGCAUGCUGGCAUCUCUUGAUUUGAUGGUGAGUGAUUGCGUAAAGCUGAACAUGACAGAAAAUGUUAAAGCGUCUCGUUCAGAUGUUGACGUUUUGCAGACGACGGCAGGAUUGGGAAGAGAUGUUUUCCCUGUUUGGUGAGGAACUUGCUUAAUUUGUUAUACGUGUUGUUUACUUGGCUAAAAUAAAGAGAAUACUGAUUUUAGUACAACUUUGUAUGAUAUAUUUCAA